AUGGCUUCUAGGAAGAAGGUUCUUCUGAAGGUUAUCAUCCUCGGCGACAGCGGUGUCGGCAAGACCAGUUUGAUGAACCAAUAUGUCAACAAGAAGUUCAGCGCCAGCUACAAGGCCACCAUUGGCGCCGAUUUCCUCACGCGGGAGGUGCUGGUCGACGAUCGGCAGGUGACUAUGCAGCUCUGGGAUACCGCUGGCCAAGAACGCUUCCAGUCGCUGGGCGUUGCCUUCUACCGAGGCGCAGACUGCUGCGUGCUGGUGUACGACGUCAACAAUUCAAAGAGUUUCGAUGCGCUCGAUAGCUGGAGAGACGAGUUCUUGAUCCAGGCCUCGCCGCGGGACCCCGAGAACUUUCCAUUCGUUGUUCUAGGCAACAAGAUUGAUGUCGAGGAGAGCAAGAGAGUGAUCUCCACCAAGAGAGCAGCGACCUUCUGUCACUCCAAGGGCGACAUCCCGUACUUUGAGACGAGCGCAAAGGAGGCCAUCAACGUCGAGCAAGCAUUUGAAGUGAUUGCAAGGAAUGCGCUGCAACAAGAGGAGUCGGAGGAGUUUAGCGGCGACUUCCAAGACCCCAUCAAUAUCCACAUCGAGAAUGACCGUGACGGGUGCUCUUGCUAG